AAACCAUCGAAAUCGUCUCAUCGUGCGAAGACUCCCGAGGACGAAAUCUGUUGGCUAGAUGGCAGUUAGUACUCUGAAUAUGGCACCGUACUUCACUGGAUAUCCCUUUCAAGGGCAAGGACGCGUUAAUCAACUAGGUGGCGUGUUCAUCAACGGACGUCCACUGCCGAAUCACAUCCGACUGAAAAUCGUGGAAAUGGCGGGUGCCGGUAUCAGACCGUGCGUCAUCUCCAGGCAGCUAAGAGUAUCGCACGGCUGCGUGUCGAAGAUUCUGAAUCGAUAUCAAGAGACAGGAUCGAUCAGGCCCGGUGUAAUCGGCGGCAGUAAGCCUAGAAUCGCCACGCCGGAAGUCGAGGCGAAAAUCGAAGACAUGAAGAAACAGAAUCCUGGAAUAUUCAGCUGGGAAAUUCGGGAAAAGUUGAUAAAGCAGGAUGGUGUCUGUGAUAAGGCGUCCGCGCCGUCGGUUUCCAGUAUCUCGAGGCUCCUUCGCGGACCUACGAAUCAAACUCGUCCCGGCGACGAUCCCCGAAGAAAUCAUUCUAUCGACGGAAUACUUGGUGGAAGUAGCGGCGACGAUUCGGAGACCGAAAGCGAGCCAGGGAUUGCCUUGAAGAGGAAACAACGGAGAAGCAGAACCACCUUCACCGGUGAACAGCUCGAACAAUUGGAGGCAGCCUUCCACCGAACCCAGUACCCGGACGUUUACACCAGAGAGGAAUUGGCUCAAAAAACGAACCUAACGGAAGCACGCGUGCAAGUUUGGUUCAGCAACAGACGAGCCAGGCUUCGCAAGCAGUUGAACAGCCAGCAAUUGAACGCGUUCAAUACGAUGAGCUUGCAGUCGUUUCAAACUCAACAUUACGGCGGCGCCGAGACUUAUCAGACCUACGGCCAAGCGACGGUGGUCGGAGCGGCAACGACCACGUCUGGUUAUCCUCAGCACUACAACUAUACCGAGAAUUACUAUGCCAGUCAACAACAGUGGCCAAGGCCGACCGAGAAUUAUGGAUUAUUCAAUGCCUCUCAUUACAGCAGCAGCAACCUCGCCACAAAUUUGUCCGGUAACAACCUAAACUUGGGUAGCCUGGGCAGUAGCGUCGGUACCGCGACAAAUAUGAGCGCGUGCAUGGCUCAGAGUACAACGUCAGGCGUACCGGUCCCGACAGGAAUGAGCCACCAUAUCGCGCCUCACAGUCCCAGCGAGGCCAAAAGCGGUUACCCUUACUUAGGCGGAAUAGAGUCCCAAGUGUGCGGCAGAGUACACUGAAACGCAUAAAUAUCGAACCAGCAGGGUUAAAUUUAGUUUAAUUAGCAAACUGUCGAAACUGAAAGUUCUUGUUAACGUGGCUGAAAUACGAAAAUAUAAGGGGACAGGGGCGACCGUUGAAGCGGCACGGUAAGGGUUGUGGCAAUUAUUCGAAUCUUGGAACACGAUCACCAAUCGGUAACUUUUUUAAGCUUACGGAUUACCCCGAAAGUCGUGGGACUUGUGUGUGAAGAAAUUUCUUAUCGAUUAGAAACGACGAAAAAAUGGAAUUUAACGCGAACCUGUGUACAUUGAACGAUUUCGAGUUUCAUAAGACUGGAAAGUACGUCCGCUAUUGCCAGCAGAGUUUGCAUUAGACUGCCACCAACUCAGACUUGGUGCGAAACUAGAAUUUACUGAUGUAUAUUAUUAUUUUUUUUUUUUUUUAACAGCCUAUUACGACUCUACGAUAAACGGACAAGUUCAGUCCCGAGCUUGUGCAUUUAAGGAGACUUUACCGUAUAGGGUCUAAGUAUAGUUAAUAUAAUAACCAGUGUUAAUAGUUCUACAUUCGUGUGCCUCGAGCUACCGUUACAUAAAGAUCGUCAAUCGUUCGAAUAGAUUUACAAAAACCGCCCCUCGUACAGAUACUCCUCGUUGAUAGACUCGGAUCUGGUCUUGUACGAAACGUUUUAACGAGGUGCGUACGAGUGGAAUUACAACGUCGUCUACAAUAAUCGCUGUACCGAGGAUUUCGUGCAUUUAUGGCUUACGUUAAUAGGAUGAACUGAAAAAUAUACACCUAUACAGAUAUACCUACGUGUGAGAAAUGAAAUAAUAAUUUAUGAAAUACUCAUAAAUUUUAUUUUCUACGCGUUUUAUAUGAUAGCAUGCUUCGUAAAAUUUGCGGUUUAAUCAUUGCAAGUGUACAAGUUAACUGUGCUAGUUUAUGUAAUAGAUGUCCUUGUAAUAGUGAAUUUUAUUCAGGGACGAUAUAUAGUCGAAUAUCUGUAAAAACACACACACACAUACACACACAUAGAACAAGCACAGAUGUCAAUUGCAGUAUACUACGUAUCCAACUCAACAUAGGUAGGCCUGACCCAGGAAUCUAUACUUCUCGACGACCACAGUGCCUUCCAAAAUUGCCUUCUUUUUCCAGAGAAUUGAAUUUGUACCAUGACGUAGCUAGCAUAGCCAGCGUAGCUAGAUAGGUCGAUAAUUUUGGCGGACACGGUGCCUUCUUAACUCGCUUAACUCGAUGCCUUAAAAU